AGCAGCUCGACGUGCUGGCGGUGGAGCCAGAGCAGGGGCAGGAGCAGGAGGAGGAGGAGGAGCAGGAGCUGGAGCAGGAGCGGGUCAGCUUGGCGGAGGAGGCGGAGUGAGCAAGAUGGCCGAGGCUGGAGAGGGUGGAAAGAAGCGCAAGAAGGGCAGGCGGAGGAAAAAGGGGAAAUCGGCGUCAUCGGUGGCUCAUCUUGGCUUGGCCAAGCCGGUCAAGGUCGUCUCCAUCUCGGUCUAUGAUGACGAUGAUGUUGUUCGUGCCGCAGCUGUCAAGGCUCUCGAGGACAUGCAGUUCCUCACGCUGGGCAAGGCUAUGCCGAGCUCACCGCCCAAGGCCUUUGCUGCGUAUACGCUGCCGGCCCAGAUCCUGGAAGCUGCCGCGGCGGACGGCACGCGAGUCCAGACUGCGGCGUCGCUCGCUCGGGCGCACGCAGAGUCGGACGCCUUUGACGUCAGUUCGAGCGAGGCCCGGGACGGCGUCGUCCUUGCCCUCUCCUCGCUCGAGGUCAAGGACAUUCUCGAGAUCUUCUCCUUUAUCGCCGCCAAGCAGUGGACCAUCGUCCGCAAGCUCGCCCGGCACGGCCACCAUCCGGCGCUGUUCAAGGGCAUUGUCUGCUCUCGCUUUGCCGAUGAGCUCUGGCUCACAUCAGUCAAGGUUCUUGUUCUCCACGUCAUGGACGCUGCGUCCACCUCCUUUGCCGGCCUCCUCAUCUACUCGACCACAGACAGCUUCCUUCUCAAGGUCGCCGACCGCAUCGCCGCCAUGGCCUCAGCCUCGACAGUCUCCGAGGGUGAUGACUGGACUGCUGGGCUUCCACUCUCGCUGUGGUAGCUCCGUGCGGCAGAGAUGUAUUGAGAGAGAGAGUGUGUGUGUGUGUGUGUGCUGUGACACUCUCGUAAAAUGUGGGCACCCCCCA